UGGCAAUUCGAAUUUCGAGUAGUGUUUCUUGAAUCUCGGUCUAAAUACGACGUUUAUGCGCGCGCGCUCUGCAUCAAUAAUGUUUAGAUUAUUAGUGUGGUGGUGUUUUAUUGGAUUUACAAUAAAUUACAUUGCGGCUUUUGAAGGCGAUGAUAAACAUCAGGAUGACUUUUAUCAAGACUUUAGUCUUCCAGAACUUAAAAAUAUACCAGUUUAUAUUGACAGUAAGGGCACUGUAAGAGACUUUGAUCCAAAAGAUAGAGGAAAUAAAGAAACAGAAAGUGAAGAAAAAUUCAAAGAAACAGUAAAAAAAGAUAUCAGUGAUACUUUACAUUACGAUGAUAUUAAAAACUAUCAAUUUGAAGAUAACAGGUCAGAAGAAGAAAUCAGUGAGGGUUUCAAUAAGAAAGAUAAUGAAAAUGAAGACUUUCAACUUCUAAAAGGUGACGAUGACUUAGCACCUCCUGAUGAUGAAAAGUCAUUAGAAGAUUUUAUGAAAGACUAUAUAUCGAGUCAAUUUCCUUCAGAAAAUGAAAUAUUAGAGGAGACGAGGUCAAUAUUAAAUGAAGAUGUGAAUAAUGAUUUUAAAGACAUAGCUAUACUAGAAUCUAAUUCUUCUCUUCCUUCUAACAUCUACGGUGAGACAACAAAAAUUUUAAGUGAAACGACCAAUAAAUUUGAUGACCUCAAUGAACCAAUAACAGACAAAAUGGACCCCAAGCAAUUCGAAGAAUUCAUGGCUGAUCUUGAAGAACUAGAUUCAGUAAGAAGUAAAUUGGGGGAUCAGGUAGACAAAACCCUUGAAGAAACUAACGACUAUACGUCUGAUGAAUUUGAUUAUUAUAAGUCAAACGAACAAAAUGAUUACAAUAUGAUUGAAGAUGAUUACGAAGACAUGAAGGAACUUUUUCCAAACAAAGAUACAGAAAAUAAGGAACUACUUAAAGAAGAGCAUAAAGAAAACGGAGAACUAGUAACGGUUUUAUAUUUAAAUGAUGCCUUGUUUGCAAACUCCAACGAUGUUAUGUCUGAAUCGGCUACUACAGACUAUGUAAAUGAAAAUGAUACCAAAAUAUCAACACCUACAACAGAAGCAACAACGGAAGUAAAAUCAGUUGAACCUAAAGGCUCGUUAGCAAUGCCUGAUAUUGACGAAAUGAAUGACACAGAUUUAGAUGAUUUUUUUGCGAAAUAUUUUGAACAACGAAAUGCCGAUGUAACGCCCACUAACACUAUACAGAUAAGUUUAAAUGUAAAUGAAACGACAAUUGUAACAUCACCCAACUAUCCUAACAAUUAUCCUACCGGAGAAAUUACUGACUACAUUAUAACAGGAGACGGUGUGGGUAUAGAAAUGAAUGUUACAGACUUUUCUGUUAAUGGUUUCAUAGGAGAUUAUCUUCUUGUAUUACCGGGUCGCACCGAUGAUAAAGGCUCGGAUGGAAUACUUUUCUCUUAUGGACUGAAGACUGAACGGAAACUGAGAUACACAGAUGUGGACAGAAUGUUCAUGAGGUUUGAGGCGAACCAGGGCAUGGCGUUUCAAAGAGGUUUUAGUAUUGGCCUGAAAAUGAUAUCCCCCAGAACAGAUGUAGUUGAUGACAUAGCUGAACCAGAAGCAGCAGAGUUCCCGCGUUCCAACGCUACCCUGUCUAUAAACAUUGGGGGCAUCGCCCUGAGCCCCUUUAUCACCAUCAAGGAGGAGUUCACCAGAAUUCUGGCUGAUAUGGCAACUAUGUACAUCAAUGCUAAAGGAAUCGAUGCUGGAAUAUCCGAUACGCAUAAUGUGACGGAAUUGAGGGGCGAAGCACUUUGCUUCCACAACUGGCCGGGAUCGGAGAACUGUGUUGAGGUAACCUUCUGGAUUCCCCUGGUGUACGAUGAGGAGGUGGAAGAACCCAGGCUCCACAGCGAUGAUCUGAAGGAGAUGUGGAACACCUAUGCUUCACAGGAUCCAUUUGCCGCGAGGCUUGCAGCGUUGGGUGUUGAGGAGUUCACGUUCCCCGACGAGCGAAUGGUAAUGACGGCGUGGAUGGCGAUCGCAGCCGGCGUGCUGAUCUUCAUGGCUCUACUGGCCCUCGCACUCUGGAGGUUCAGCUGUUUCCAGGAGUACACCAUGAUGCCUUCGUUCUCGGAUACGGACAGUCUCAACGAGAAACGUAACCUGGAUCUGUACCCCACACCGCAUCAGACUCUGCCGUCGCUUUACUCCGAGCCAGAGGUCAAGUGGCCCGACUCCAAGUUCGAUGCUCAAGAUGGGGUCGGUUUUUCCAACAAGAGCUACAAACAUGACCACGCGUACGAUGUGGACUCCGAAGACGAGUUCCGUACUAUCGAUAGAAGGUACACCACAGACGUGUAGCCGAAUCCAUAUGAAUAAACAUCGGUGCCAUCAGUCCCCGCGACAUUUACAGUGUGUGAGAUUUAUGACAAAUUGUAAUUUAAGAGUUUAUUGUUAUUAUAUUGUAAACUUAAUAAAUUUAGAUUAAAAA